AUCAAUAUUUAUCCUUCUUUUUGAUGUUCCGUUGAACCCUCCUGAAUUUUUUGACCUUUAACAAGUGGCUCUUACAGUAAAAGACCCGGAAGAAGCCCUUACAUAGAGUCCAAACAGAGGUCUUCCCCUCUACCUUAAAUCACAGCCUAAUUAUGUAGAAAUGUCUGACUCAUACGUUGCACUCAGGAUGUGGGACCUCCUUCUUCAAACUCCUUUAAAAGGACCCAAAACAUGCUCCUGUUUAGAAUUUGAACAAAAACCACAGGCUUAAGACUCUAUUUAUUUAUUUAUUUAUUUUAUUUAUAUGUGUUAUUAAGUUACUAUUUAUCUUGUGUUUUAAAAAUGUUGGUGACUCUGUAUGCCUCAGUCUUUUACCUGUAUAUUUUUGUCUUGUUAGUCUCACUACCUAUGAGUCUGUCAUUUUACAUCCCUGACUCUGACCCACUUAUGCACUUGAAUAAUCAAGUCAGAGAGGUGCACCUCUACACAGGUAUUUGUGAUCAUAUUAUUUUAGCAAUCUUAUACCAUUUUUGUCAUAUGUUUGGAAUAAGUUCCUUAUCAUGCGGAUUUCUUCUUCCUUGUUGCAGAAAAUCACAGAAAUGGGAAGUAUCUGCAGAUGUCUGUGGAUGGGAGAGUGUCAGGAAGUGACACUCAGACUCUCAGCAGUGAGUAUUUGGCUUAAGAUUUUGAAUCAGGUCCAAUUUGAAACCAGAUCAAUCUGGCAUUUUUUUAAACAUUUCCUGUGUGCAGGUGUGAUGGAGCUCAAAUCAAUCAAACCAGGAAAUGUUGUCAUCAAGGGACGGUCAUCAUCUUUUUUUCUGUGUAUGGACACUGAAGGUCAUUUAAGGGGGCAGGUACAGAGAGCUUAAAAUAAAUCAUGAUAUCCGACAGUGUCUGUCCUUAAAGUCCCUCUCUGAGUACUUAAUUCUGUUGUCACUUUCAGAGGCAAUACAUGGAGGCUGACUGCACCUUCAGAGAGCUGCUCCUGGCAGACGGAUACACUCGUUUCCUCUCCUCACACCAUGGAGUCCCGGUGUCUCUGGCAUCCAAACACUCCCCAGACCAACACGUGGUCCCCUUCACUCGGUUUCUCCCGCUCAGGAAUACUUUGGCAGGCGAGAGUCUGUCUGAACAACCACCAAACAAUGAGAGGUAUUUCAACGUGGACUCUGAUGAUCUUUUUGGAAUGGGUCAAAUCGGUGUGGCCAGUCCUCAGUUCUCCUUGGACAACUAAAGAGCGGAUCUAAAACUGUGGAUGUGCCCUUUAAAAUCAUAUUUUCACUGACCUGGUUCAACCUGCACUCUUGGCUCUGUUAUGAGAUUAGUG